AUGGGAGCAGACCGAACAGUUUCGAGAACAAGGACCCUAUUGGGUCACAGUGGCCCCUAUCCUCAGCACAGAGAACAGCAGUCAGCUCUACCAUUGUUAUCCAGUCCCCUUUCCUCUCGAAGGACCUCACCACGACGCUCUUCUUCACGACAAUCGACCUUUGUAACUCCGCAACUUCCGAAUAGCAUACGUUCCACAGUCCCAUCUACGUCAUCCACGAUCAUCCCCGGUAGCCGCAAUGGCCCGCCGUAUCCUAGCACCGCCCCUAGCUACGACCAACUUCGCUUUUCGAUCCCAUCCCACUUUAUCACGGAAGAACCGGAAGAUUGGUCGAAACCAAAGGCCUGUGCUUCUGCUCUUCCAGCGAAUCCUUCUCCCUCGCCGCCUGAGUACGAAACACCAUCUUUCCGAGGGUUAUCCCCCUUUUUGGAGAAGAAUGACAAGUUCAGUCACUUCGUCACUCGUUUCCUCGAAGAACCCACGGGGUACCUGGUAGAGAGGAUCACCGGACCAUCAAACCCUGGUCCACCAGGACUGGUGGCUAGGAACACGGAGGGUUACACGGAUAUCGUUGAGGCCAUCGGCGUGCAAGUUUUCCGGUUCUCAUUGACCCAGCCGCAAGUACCUCAAGUUGUCGAGGUUCCAUAUGAGGUUGUUCAUGUUUUCCGCGAAUUCCGAAACCUUCCCAAGUCUGAAAUUCACUCCAUGUAUUUCGUCAUCACGUCUCCCUUCCACUUUAGCAUGGACACUCCAUGCCUGUGGGAGUAUACAUCGGGUGGGCGUUUUGUCCGGGAAGAACAUCCGAUUUGCCAGAAAGACUGGAAGUUCGUGGUGAAAGCCAAGCGCACGGGCAACGGCAUUAGCAACGGCAACGGCAACGACAAUGACAAUAGCAACAGCAACAGCAACAGUAACGGGAAGGGCGACGAGAAGGGCAAGGGCAAGGAGACUGAAAAGCCUAGAAAGCACGAACACAGGAACAAGUAUCGUUUUAAUCCAGUUUUCCUUUCAUUGUCUGACGCGGAUAUGGAAAGUCCAAUCAGGCAGACAAUCUAUUACUGGGACAGUAAACCGAAUGGCGAAGUCCUUUCGGAGGCGGUGAUUGAGUACAAGUUCGUUGACGAAGGUAGCUCGAAUUAG